GGCUAUGGUACCAAGCAGUUCAGGUCUCCAGAAAACACACAUCUCUCGAGACUAAUCUGCCAAACCACUCCCUCGAUCUACUUGCCAAAGAAAACACCUCUCAACAUGUUGGUCACAGUAUUCUUGAUAGUCGCAAGUGCGCUCACUGCAAACGCCAAGCUCGGAAUUAACUGCCGCGGUUCCGCAAAGUGUAGCGCAUUAUGGGGACCUUCCGAUGCGGCCCAGCAACUCACCAAUGUGAUUCAACAUAUCGAUGUCAACAGAUGGUACAUGAACGGAGAGCACAUUGCCUGUGUUGGCAACCAGGCCGGUAAUGGCGGUGGCUAUUGUGCCUUCCUGCAGAAGACCGGGGGAACCAACGGCGGUGUGAUUAAGAACCUGGCUCACUAUAUUACGGAUCACGGUUGCAAGCAGUGUGGUAGUGUGCCAUACUUCUACCCUCAGGGUAACAACAAUGUGGAUGACGGCGAGCUCACAUAUAACUAUGUUGAUGAUCCUUGCGCUACCGCGGGUACUCAGCUUUGUUAAGUCGGUUAUAGAUUUCGAAACGGCACCUUGUGGUUAUUGGUAGUUGACAGCACUGUGCAGUGACUCCAUUCUUCAUUUCAAAGAAUUUACUGUCCAGAACAAAGGAGCAUCGAGAGAUUGGACUCUAGACCAAACGCGCUGUGGUAAAUAUAACCCAUGGUGGUCCAUUAUCCUGGUAGGGCAAAACAAAACAACCGAGCGCUAUAAAUGAACCUUUGCCACUGAGAAGUCUCAAUUCACUAGUAGAGAGCG